AUGCUCCCAUAUUGUAAUUUCGACUCAAAAGAAUAUUACCAUUCAGAUCCUGAAAAAUCUGAUUGCAUUGAAACCUGCAAAUCUUUUUGCUUUUACGAUCAGCCUGGUGAUGGAAUUUGCAAGGAAGAAUGCAAUAAACCAUCAUGUGGGUUUGAUUUUGGUAAUUGUGGGUAUUGCGCUCCAUCAUGUAAUCAAUAUUUAGGCUUUCAGUGACAAUUAGGAGGAACCUGCGAUCCUGACCCCCACCUUUAAAUUGGAACAAAAACCAGGCAAAAUAUUCGGUUUUUUAUAUUAAACAAUGCUAAUUUUUAUAUAUAGCUUGACUUAUUAAAUAACAUUUUAAAGGGGAGUGAGUGUAAUACAACUUCGUGCUAUUAUGAUUAUGGAGCUUGCUUAGAUUGUGCAAUUGAUUGUAAGUCAAAUAUAUGAGGAGAUGGAAAUUGUGAUGAGGAAUGCAAUAACAAGGAAUGCAAUUUUGACAAUGGAGACUGUUUAAAUGUGACUUGUGCUGCUGGAUGUUAUAAGUGGAUGAUAGGAAACUCAAUUUGUGAUGAAGCAUGCUAUGUGGAAGAGUGCAAUUUUGAUGAUUAUGAUUGUGAUUGCUCUCCAGGCUGUGAUUCUUCAUUAUUAGAAAAUGGGGAAUGUAAUGAAGUUUGUAAUAAUGAUGCCUGCGAUUAUGAUAAAGGAGACUGUGGAUACUGUGCACGUGGUUGCUUUUUAGAUAUGCUAAUGAAUGAUGUUUGUGAUGAUAUUUGCAAUACUUUUCGAUGCAAAUAUGAUUAUUAUGCUUGCAAAUGCACAGAUGGCUGUUUAGCGGAAGACUAUGGAAAAUGCAAACCAGAAUGUUUAGUGGUUGAUUGUAAGUACGACCAAAUAAGCAAAGAUACCCAAAAGUGAUGCAAUAAUACAGAACUCGUCAAGUAUUCCUUUUAUCAACAAAUUAUGACUAUAGAUUUUGAUAGUCCAGUUAGUUUUGAUCGCUGCUUAGAAGCAUCUUCCCAAUGCAGCUUAGCUAUGUCUUUAGAUUCAGAAUCAUGCUACCCUGAGUGCUAUUAUAAAGAAUGCAAUUUUGGCUUAUGCAAUUUUACAUAUGAAUGCAUGGAACGUAAUAAUCCAGAUUUUUGAGAAUUAUGCAUGCCUUGCGAAGGCUAUAUAUGGGAGGGUGAAUGCUAUACAUUAGGCAAAACUCAAUCUGUAUUUAUAUUUGGCAUUGGAGUUAGAUACCCAAGCAAAUUAUUAGCUGCAGGGUAUCCAGAUUUCAGCAUAUUCUAUGCCACUUCUACACAAGCUGGAGACCAGUCUUCUGGGGAUGGAAGUGCUGAUUAUCCUUACGAAACCUUAGACUAUGCUCUGUCAUCUAUGUAUAAAUUACAAAAAAGAACAAGUUUUUUAUAUUUAGCUGAUGAUGGAGAUUAUUACUUAAACGAUUGCAGUGCUUUUAGAGAUGGCGGUAUACAUUUUGUAAUAAAGGGAUAUGAAGGUGGCAAAGCAACUAUUAAAGUAAAUGGCUGAAGUAAAUUUACUUGUUUUAUUAUGGGAGGAGCUACUUUUGAAAAUAUAAUUUUUGAUGGGUCAAGGCAAUAUAUUACAUGCAGCGACUCAGAGUAUUGCGAAUAUUGCUCUUAUAGUACCUAUAAUGAAAGUGACGGUAAUUACUAUAAUGAUAGAAAUCAAAAUAUUUCUCAGAAUUUACCUAUUCAGGAUUGUAUCAAUAAUCAAGGUUCUUCCCUUAGUCUUUUUUUAAUGAGCCAAUGCACUCUAACUCUAAAAAAUGUUGAAAUAAAAAAUUUCCGAUAUAAUUAUGAUCACAUUAUAAGUGGUGAUAAACUUUUGAGAUUAUUAAAUGUUAGCUUUGACAAUAUACAGCUAAAUGGGAUGGAGAGUAGUGCAGUUAUAUAUAUGGAUAUUCCUGAACCAGAUGGAUUUCUUCAGAUAACUUACAAAGAAGGCUCUGUAACAAGGCUAAAUAAUGGAUAUAACCCAUGACUCCUUAUUGAUUUCUGAGGGAAAAACCUACUACCCCCCCCCCCCUCCGUGAGCGAACAAAACCAUUAGAAAAAUCGCCAUUUUUUGACCAAAAACCCACCCUCCGUGAGUGAACAAAAAUUUUUUUAAUAGAAAAAAAUUUUAAUGGAAAAAAAUUUUGAUAUAUAAGUGAUAAUUAGUAUAAUGAAAUCUAGAGCUAAUUCUGUUUAAUUUUAAACAAAUUGCGUUUUUAAAACAAAAAUUUUGCAAUUAAAUUAAUAUUUGCUUCCCAAUUUUUGCAAAUUAGGAUUUUUUUAAAUUUCGAAAAAAAUAUUUUUUAUAAAAUUUAUAUAUAUAAAUUUUUUUUAAAAAAAAAAAUUAACCCCCCUCCGUGAGCGAACAAAAUUUUUUGUUCGCUCACGGGAGGGGGGGGGGGAGUUAAAGAGAAAUUUACUUUUGGCAUUCUGAAAAGUCAAAUUUAAAACUGAAAAUAGGAGAUAUAAGGUGAAAUUUUUUUAAAUUAAUUUUACUUUUUAUAUAGUGAACUACACUGACUGGCACGGGAUGCUUUUGGCUCAGUUUCGAGCCAAAAGCACCCGUGCUAGUCAGUGUAGUUAACUAUAUUUUUUUCUUUUAAAAUUCAUUAUCCUUAAAGAUCUAUUAAGGGGCACACGCUAUAUGAAAUUGAUGACCCAAUUGACUUUAGGGGAUUUUUAUAUGUAUCCCAUUCUAUUUCAGUCUUGAUAAAAGACGUGGAGUUCAAGUACAAUUUAGUCUCUAGAAAGCCAAAAAGCACUUUAGCAAGCGCUUCAUUAAUUUACCUCAAAACUAUAAAAGACAUUGAAAUAGACAAUUGCACUUUUAUAUAUAACUAUUGUGAAACUGGCAUUUUCUAUGCUAAAUUAGAAGUUAGUGAAUAUGAAACUAUUUUUAACGAAACAAACUACUUGACAUUCUUAACUUUACCUCAUAUCAAUAUUCAUGAUUCUAGAUUUAUCUCAAAUUUUGGAAUUUUUGGGAUUAUUCAUAUAGAGUUUUUAUAUAAGCUACUCAAUAUCAAUUUAAUCAAUACCACAUUUGAAUCAAAUGGUGCAGAGAGUGAUUCUUUGCUUUAUAUAUACAAUCCUGCAAUUAUUGACGAAUAUAAAAAUGAGACUACUAUCAAUAUAAUAAACUCUGGCCAAGGAGAACAGCUUAUAAUCCUAUUGCCAAGAUGAUGCAAAAUGACCAGUCUUACAUUUUUGGAUAAUCAUGCAUUGAGCCUUAUUAAUACUACUAAUUUAGUGAAUUUAGAUAUAGAAGGCUUAAAUAUUGAGUUCAAUGGGUCUCCGACAGAUGAUAAAAAUGCUAACACUUUGCUAUUUAAUUAUUUUAUUGAAAAUCGAGAUAUUAAUAAAUUAUAUAUCAGUAGCAUGAAGCCCGACCCUAAUCCUAUUGAUUGCAAUUUCAUGGUUUUGAUAGAAAGUCCUUACAAUUUUAAAUUGAGGGAAAUUACAUUGGUGAAUAAUAUAUGUAGAAAUUCAUCUCCAACCUUUAAAAUUGUUAAUUCAAAUAUCAGAGAUUUGGAUUUAAUUAACUGCUCUGGCAAUAUUGGGCAUGGACAGCUGCCUGUAUGCUUAUAUUUUAUAGGACUUUUUGAUAGAAACAUUAAAAAUUCGAAUUUUAGUGAAAAUAUAAAUUAUCAUGCAUCCGGAAAUGGAGUAAUAAAAAUAGAAGGCGAAAAUAAUUUAUAUAUAACCAAUUGCUUAUUUUUCAACAAUUCUGCAAGUUUAGCACCUUUAUAUUUAUCAGGCAAAAGUCUUUAUAUUGAAUUUUCGACAUUUGAAUCCAAUGAAUCAAUUUAUGGGAAAGGAGCAGGCUUAUAUUUUAUUUUGGUUGAUGAAGAGACAUCAGCGUCAGUAAUAAUUUCGUCAAGCUAUUUUAAUAGCAAUUCGGCCAACUCAAAUGGAGGAGGUAUAUACAUAGAGCAAAAGUCAACUUCUGCUAUGAAGCUAGCGCUAAUGAUUUUUCAAACUAUUUUUACCGGAAAUAAAGCAAAAUAUGGCUCAGCCAUGCAUAUUGAUAGCUCAAUUAUAUUAACCAAAGACUCUGCGAUAGUUAGCUCUAAGUUCAUAGAAAAUGAGUCUACGAUAUCAGGAGCUAUAUCUUUGUAUUAUUAUAGUGGCAUUUUAUCAUUUCUAUCAUGCGAUUUUAUUGAAAAUACUUCACUUAAGAUGGGAGCUGCUUUUCACAUUGAUAUCUCACAAGAUACUCAAAAUUCCCGCUCAAAGGUUAUUAUUGAAUCAUCGAUUUUCAGAAAUAAUAUUGGAAAAUAUAUCAUUUAUGCUGAUAGCCAGAACAGAAACUCGUCAAUUGAAACCAAAAAUUGCUUAUAUGAAUACAAUAGUGGCGUUUUAGUAUCACUAGACAAUGAUUUUUUUAUUGAUAAUGGCUCUGUUUUUCAAUAUAACUCUGCCCCUUUUGGUUCUUGCUUUAAUCUUCAAAACUCAGCUAUUUUAUAUGCAAGCUCACAGUUUUUAAAUAAUACCAGUUAUAAAUAUGGAGGGGUUAUUACUAUGAGCUUUAAAUCAAUUUUUAAUUGUGAUAGCUGCAUUUUUAGCCAGAACUCAGCUAUUGGAGGUAAAGGUGGAGUUUUAGUCUCUGAGCAAGAUUCUGACUCCCCCCCCCCCCUCCGUGAGCGAACAAAAAAAUUUUGUUCGCUCACGGAGGGGGGUUAAUUUUUUUUUUUUAAAAAAAAUUUUUAUAUAUAAAUUUUAUAAAAAAUAUUUUUUUCGAAAUUUAAAAAAAUCCUAAUUUGCAAAAAUUGGGAAGCAAAUAUUAAUUUAAUUUGCAAAAUUUAUGUUUUAAAACGCAAUUUGUUUUAAAAUUAAACAGAAUUAGCUCUAGAUUUCAUUAUACUAAUUAUCACUAAUUAUAUAUCAAAAUUUUUUUUCCAUUAAAAUUUUUUCUAUUAAAAAAAUUUUUGUUCACUCACGGAGGGUGGGUUUUUGGUCAAAAAAUGGCGAUUUUUCUAAUGGUUUUGUUCGCUCACGGAGGGGGGGGGGAGUGAGUUUUUUAUAUCAAAUUCAAGCUUUGAUGAAAAUUUUAGUGGCAAUGAUGGCUCAACUAUUUUUACUUUUAACUGCAAUUCUGCAACUUCUUCGAUAGUAAACUCAAUUUUUUUUCGAAAUCGUGCAUCAGGUGCAGGCGUAGUUACAUUCAUAAACUCUAAAAUAUCUAUUGUGGAUUCUACAUUUAAAGAAAAUUCAAAUGAUGGACUAACAUCAGGAAUUAAAUUAACAUCCACAAAUGCCAAAAUUUCUAAUUCAAAGUUUUUAAACCAGUCAAGCAUUUCAGGGAACUUCAUUUAUGCUAUUGCUGAUAGUAAUGUGGAAAUACAAAAUACCAGCUUUUCUAAUGGAAAUUCAGAAGAUAGUGGAGGAGCAAUUUUCUCAAGCGCGAGUCUUAUGUCUAUAAAUUCUUCAGUUUUUACUAAUUUGUCAUCUCAAAAAGGAGGUGCUAUUUAUUCUGUAUUUGAAAGUACACUGAUUAUAAAUAACUCUGAGUUUUCUGACCUAAAAGCUUCAGUUAUAGGAGGCAUUAUCAAUGCUAACCAAGCUUCUUUGAUUAUAGAAAACUCGAACUUUGAUGAAUUUUCUUUGACAGGAAUAUAGCUUAUCUGUUUUUUGGAUAGUUAUGGAACACUAACUAAUAGGUAAAGUAAUGCUUUGAGCUGUUGGACUGACAAUUUGUCUAAUUUAUUUCUACUUAAUAGGAAAAUGAUAUUUCUCAUUAUCACUUUGGCCUGUCGCAUGGAUACUUUACCUUUUAAGGUAUUGCUUCCCACUCCCCCCAUCCUUGAUCUAACGACUCGCCAUCGUUCGAUCAAGGAUGGGGGUUCAAAAAAAUUUUUUGGGAAAAGUUUUUUUUACAUAUAAAAUAAAAAAUAUACGUUUUUUCUUUUUUAUAUAUAUUUUUAAAUAAGAGGAUUAAGCGUACUUAAUAAUUAUUUUUACAGCAAAAAAUUGAAUUAAUUUCAUAAGAAUACCAAUUUUUAAUAUUUUGAUUUUAUGCUUACCCUUUUAAACUAAAUAAAUUUUAAUUUGUUCUUUAUUGAAAUUAAAAAUUUUAAAUUUUAAAGAAUCUCUAUUUUUUUAAAUUAUUGAGUUUUUAAGCCCAGGUUGAUGACUAAAGCACUUCGGAUGGUUGAUUCCGUAGCUUUCUGUCGUCUCAAAGCCUCUGACAACAACUUCAUUAGACACAUCUUCCCAAGCUUUUGAUAACUAAUAUAUUUUUAUAAAAAUUUGCAUGAAAAUCGUUCGGGUUAAUUUUCCCAAUUUUUUUAGGAAUUUUUACAGUCAAUCGUUCGAUCAAGGAGGGGGGAGUCAGCGGUUUAAAUGAGUUUUAGAGCUAUAUAUGGGAAAGAGAUGAAAAAAUUAAAUAUCGCGAAUUCAGGGUUUAGCAAUGGCUUUGGAUCCAAUGGCGGGGCAGUAUAUUGUGAAUCUUGCAAUAAAAUUACUAUAAAUCAAUCCAAAUUUAAUAAUAACAGUGCAGCUUUAUAUGGUGGUGCGCUAUUUUUUACAACAAUAAAUGAAAUAAAACAAGUUCAAAAUAUAUCUUCAUGCAAAUUUUCUAAUAAUAGUGCACAAAAUGGAGGAGCAAUAAACUCAAUCGAUGUAAAUUUACAUGUUAGCUUAUCAGGUUUUGAACAAAAUAAAGCUGCUUCUAACUCAGUAAGAGACACACAAACCAUUGGAAAAUCCAUACAUUUUGGAAAAAUAACUCUAUUUGAAAGCAAAAUUUUGAUGUAAAAUAUAUAAUUGAUAAUUAUUUAAUGGAAUAUAGCUAAUUCUACAGAAUCCAAACAGCCCGCAAUCUAAAAAUAAAUUUUACAAAUUAAAUAAUUGAGACCUUUUUUUAAAUUUCGAAGAAAAAAAAAAUAAAAAAACUUAACCCCCUAAUUAGCAAAAAUUUGUGUUCAUCAAGAGAAGCAGGAGCAAGCAAGAGAAUUUAAAUUAUGGAAAUGGAGGGGGAAUCUGAAUUAGCUGUCCAAAUAUUCAGACAUGCAAGUUUAAAAUUCAUUCAAAUAACUUUGUUGAAAAUACUGCAAAAUACAAUGGUGGAGCUAUCAGUUGGGAUAAUACUUUGCCUGAAUUUAUAAAUAAUUCAUAUAAAAAUAAUGCUGCUGAGUAUGGAGAAAAUAUUGCUUCUUAUCCUAUUAAGCUAAUGCAAGCCAAUAAAGAUGGAUCAUUAGAAGGCUAUAAAAGCAGAAUACUAGCUGAUUUUACAUCUAAUUCUAGCUUGACAGAAAUAGCAUCUGGACAAAAUAUCAAAAAUAAAUUAUUAGUAGCCCUAGUAGACAAUAUGAAUAAUAUCAUACGAACUGAUAAUACAAGUGAAGCAGAGCUGAAAUCAACCAAUUUAACUGCCCAAGUGUCAGGGAAAAUUAAAGCGAUAGCCAACAAAGGAAUUUUUAAUUUUUCUGAUUUUGUUAUUUCAGAAGAGCCUGGUACUGAUAUUCAAAUUAUUGUUACCUCAUCUGCAAUUGAUAUAAAUAAAAUAAAAAAAUCUGGAGAAACUAUUUUUAGCAAAAGCUUAAUUUUUGAUGUGAAAAUUCGAGAAUGCGAAAUAGGAGAGGUUAAAUCAGGAAAAAAUUGCGAAGUAUGUCCUAUAGGAUUUUAUAGCUUAAACCCUGAAUUAAUUUCAUGCUUAUCUUGCCCUGAUGUAGCUGAAUGCUAUGGAAAUUAUACAAUAGUUCCUAAACCUGGCUAUUGGAGAGACAAUAUGUAUACAGACAAAUUUUGGAAAUGCCCACAUUCUCCUGCUUGUCUAGGCUCUCCUGAUAAAAAUAAUAUUUCCUUAACAGGAGAAUGCGAGAAAGCUUACAAAGGCAAUAAAUGUCAAUCAUGCCUAAUUGGAUAUGUGCAUACUGUGGAAAACAAGUGUGAGGAAUGCCCAGAUACAGCAUAUAAUAUUUUGACUAUAACAGGCAUAACUUUUGGACUUAUGAUAAUUUCAUUUGCAAUUGUAAAAACUACCAGGGAAGCUGCUUUUAGGCCAAAGUCAGUGAUUUCAAUAUACUUAAAAAUAUACAUAAAAUGGCCACCCUCUCAUGGGUGGUUACCCGUGUAUAUCCGGGCAUGGUUUUUUGGAGCCAGGAGUUGGCCCAGCAAUGCUUGGGACCUCGAAGCGAGAGGCCUAAUCACAGAGAGACCGCUGCUUUUGCGACCAAACUCCUUCGCAGUUACUCGUGACUAAUUUUUGCCAGCAGCGUCCAGCCUAGUGGGUGCCCGAAAUGAGGGCAGGGGGACUUACCUACCUAUGCUAUUUUUGCGAUUUUCCCCGAAUGGUGGAAGCUGUGAGUUCGUUCUCGGCUCACCGGGAAAGAGGGAAGGCAAACUAGACGCCUAAACAGGGGUCUCUCCAGCUAAGGCGCUCUCAGUGAGCGGAUCUGGCGUUGUCAUGGACAGAUUCGGCAUAAAAAUAGGGUGACGUGACAAGUUGGAAAUGGAGGCGGUCAGCGAUGACAGUAUGAGCUGUCCCUUUGACCAUCACAUCUACGGAGAAACUGGGGUUUCGGCCGGGCUUGAAGCGGUUUGCGCCUCUGCCACCCUAUGGGAUAAACCCGUAGAACGUUACAACGACAAAGUGGGGGCUUUAAAGACACAGCAAAAUCUAAUCUAAUAUACUUAAAAAUAUUUUUUUAAUUACACACAAAUGAUCAUUUUGGCCUCUAACUUUAAGAUGAGCUGACCAGAAGAAGUUAUAAAGCUCUUUUUAGUCCAAUUAAAAUCAGACUAUGUCUAUCAGGAAAUUUAUUCUCUUAGUUGUCUUUUUCAAGGCGAAAAUUCGCAAGAUUUAGCAUAUUUCAGAACUCUUAUCGUUGUAGCAGUAAUUCCAGUUUCAAUGAUAAUUUUAUCGCUUACUCCCACUUCCGUGAGCGAACAAAAUAAAUUUUUAUUUGCUCAUGGAGGUUGGUUAAUUUUUUUUAAAACUUAAAAAAUCUAUAUUCGAAAUAAUUUAAAGCAAAUAUUAAUUUAAUUUGUAAAAUUUAUGUCUUAAAAUGCAAGCCUUUUUAAAAUUAAACAGAAUUUGCUUUAGAUUUCAUUAUAAUAAUUAUUAAUUAUAUAAAAAAAAAUUUUAUUUGCUCAUGGAGGUUGGGUCUUUGGGCAAAAAAUAGGGAUUUUCCAAUCGUUUUGUUCGCUCACGGAGGGGGAGGUAGCUUUUGGGCUAUUUUUAAAUGGAUUAAAAAAGCAUAUAAAAAUUUUUGGGAUGAUUUUAUAUCGACGUGCAUAAUAUUGCUGUUUUUAAUACAUCCAAACAUAGUAAAAACUAUGUUUGCAUCUAUGAAUUGUACAGAAAUAAAUGAUGGAGAAUACUGAUUGGAAAUAGAUCUUGAUAUUAUGUGUUGGGACUAUGAUCAUAUUUUUUAUGUGCUUGCAGUUUCUUUGCCUUCUAUUAUUUUAUGGGGAAUUCUUUUGCCUACAAUUUGUUUGAUAAAUCUUACGAAGAAUAAAAAAAAAUUAGAUAACAUUAGCCUUCGUCUGAGAUAUGGAUUUCUUUUUAAUGGAUACAAAGAAAAGCAUUUUACUGGGUUAGGCUCCAUUAUUAAAGACAGGCGUUAGCCAUAUUGUUGACGCAAUCGCCAAAGACUUCCAUACGAGGUGUUCAUCCGCUUUUCGACCCCAGCCCAGAGGGUCAAUCACCCAAUAAUUGCUUUCACUUUCGGUGCCUUCUGUCUCUUCCUUGCCUUGCAACUCUUGAAUUGGCUUAUGGAUUUCUAUAGUCCUGCUACGGGCGAUUGGAGUAGCUUGAUUCCAAGGAUCCUUGGAGUCUGUCGGGUGACGAAGUGUCUUUUAUUCGACAGUUACAGGAAAAAGACUACUCCCCAUGGCCUGGGCCAAAGUCAUCAGUUUCUCAGCAGAGAAUGCUCAUGGAUCCUUUGAUCCAAAGGGAGGUUGUAAAGCCCUCCAUUUCCAACCACAGGAAAGCAGCCAAACUACCAGAUACACAUCUCUUGAGCCUACACAUGAUUUUCAGCUCGAAGUCCGUCCCAGUUCGCAGUGGCCAUAAAGUCUGAACUUCAGCGCCAAGAGGAUAGGUUGGAUCAUAUCGCUAUUUUAAUUUAUUAUGCGCUUUUACUGGGAGUUUAUAAUUUUAUACAGUAAAAUCAUUCUAAUUUGCUGCUCAGUAUUUUUAACUAGAAUCUCUUUAAUACUUCAAGCCCUUAUUGUAUCUAUUUUAUACUCAAUUUAUCUGCAUCUACAAUAUUUCAAUAAUCCUUAUAAUGAACCCAACUUAAAUCAGAUGGAAUUAAGAGCAAAGUGCGUUUGUGCAAUUACUAUAUAUUGUGGGCUUUAUUAUUUAAUGGGCUCUGUGGGCUAUAUAACAAGGUAUAUUUUAUUUAUAUUAAUAGUCUCAGCAAAUUUGUAUUUUUUAAUUUACUGGGCUUGGUAUCUCUUAAAAGAAGUUUUAGCAAAAAUAAAUAAAUUUAUUAGGAGUUGGAUAAAUAAAAGCAGAAUAAGCAGUCAAGGAAAAGAAAGUCACUUAAAUAAUAAAGACCUAGAAGACUCGAAAAAUAUUUUUAGCCAAAGAGAAAAUAUAUCAAUUUCAUCAAAUGAUAACUUUUUAUGGGAAAACCAAAUUUUGAGUAAAGAUCCGGUUGAAUACAGUCAAAUUGAAACAAGAAAAAAUUUCGAGCUAGUUUCUGAGGAGCUAAGUAGCUAA